CAGCGGUCGCGGAGCUGCAAGGAAGGAAGAUGGCUGCCGCGGACGAAGAGGGCGGCCAGAGUGAUAGCAAAAAGGACGACCCAGCUUCACACGAGACGAGCAAGCAAUUUUCCACUAUCCAUCAGCAGGAAAUAGAGAAUCAACUUGUGCGGCAAGGGGCUAGUUAUGAGAACCGUGUGAGUGCUGUUCUCUCUGGCUGGGAACACCUAGCUGGCACAGUACAAGGAGAUGUCAGCGAAGUGCAGCCACUUGCAACCUUCCUUUAUAAAUGGAGCUUGCGACUAAUUCUGCAGGGAGAAUGGCCAGGCCUGGCCCAGAUUGUGAAGACGAGACUUGGUGUUACUCUACAAAGGUGUUCCAAAGUAGCCAUCCUUGACCCCCUGUGUCGGACUCUCAUACCUCUUGUCUCUGACCCUUGGGGACACCCAACACUAAAGGCUAUCCUCUCUGAAGCAGAAGUUGAGGAUAGUGAAGCCUCAAAAUAUAUUUCAAAUGAAUCUUGGGAGGUGGUUCGUGUUAGAGUGGACACUAUGGUGGAAUCACGCUGUGAAGAGCUGGCUUUUCGCGUGCUCAAGAUCUGUGUCAGAUGUAUACGUCUUAGAUCAGAGGGGAUGGAGGUCCCUUUAUACACAGAUGAAGACCACAAUCAUUUCGUUGAUCUCUACUUUGUUCUUCUCUACAAAUUUCAGCGCAAAACUUUUUUAGAUGAGGUUAAGGCAUUAGAUGUAAAUGAAGGAGUGGAUUUAGUAAGAAGACUCGUAGCCAAGAAGGACAAGACAAAAGUUUGGAAGCAUCGUUUAAAGAUAGCAGAUCUUGCCAUUCAAAUCUUUUUGGCAACUACAAUUGUCAAGAAGUAUGGGCACACAUUCUGGUCAGUUUUCAAUGAGUGGUGUGGGGUACAAGAAGCAGCUGCAGUGGCUGAUGACAUUCUCUGUCAAAUGAUUCGGAAGUACCUACAGCUUGCUGAAUGCUCUCAACAUAUCUAUACUAUGGGCUCCAUUCUUCAUAAUAAGUUUGGAAAUCGAUUGGCUUCCUUAGUGACUGAGCUCCUUAUCCGUGCACUCACCAUGGAUAUGAACAGCUUAGAAGCUCUGAAGCUGAAGUGCAAGGACAGCAGCAAGGAUGAACACACACGUUUGGAACAGCAAAUGGCAGCUGGCUUUAUGGACCUUGCUGAAGUGUUCAUCAAGCAUGAGAAUGUAGCCCGAGAGUGUAUUCUCACUGCAUUUAGUCUCCACCCCACACCAGACCGUCUAGUCAUGCUCAGCAGCUUAGCAACAGAGCCACCACCAACCCCAGCUGAAGACCUGUGUUCAUCUGGACAGCCUGUGACUCCCGUUCCAGAGGGGACACAAGAAGGAGGAACAACACAAGGAUCUCCAGCCUUGUGCCUCCCACCUACUCCUUCCAGCACCACCACUGUUGACACAAGGGACACACCACAUAGCUUAGGUGACAUGCCAAUGACACAGUCCAGUACUCCCUGCCCUGACCCACCCUCCUUCCAAAAGUCACUAAGAGCCCAACACGACCCAGAUCAUAUGUAUGAUGCUAGGUCAUUUACAGAAAUUCAGUCCAGUGAAAGUAUCUCUGUCCAAAAUACUCUUAAUGGUGUUGAUGGACAUAAUUGUGUAAGUUUUAAUGAACUUGAAGUGAACAGUGCCAGUGAAGUACAAGUUACUACCCAAGAGACAAGGGACCAUAUGUCAUCCAUAAGUAACAGAUGUUCUUUUCCUCCCCACGAGUCUGAAGAUCCUCCACAGGAUAGGCAGUGUGUGACGCACAUAACGAUAGACACUGGACAGUCCCUUGAAAAUAAUGUCUUUGUUCCAAAUUCUCAAGAGUCACAAAUUGUUAUAAGCGAAAGUGAUGCUCAAAUAAAAGAGAUUUCUUUGUUACAAACCAAAGAUGUAGUUGAUGGUGAGGAAAUCGGUGACAAUGACGGUGCUCUGGGUGACAGUAGAACCAAGGAAGAUGUAGAUUCCAUGGAUAAAUUUUACAGGAGUACAGAAAAUUUCAUUGAACAAUUGAGUCAAGAAACUCCUAAGAAACAUACCCAAGAUUCAAAUACAGCAAGCAGCUCACCAAAGGCUUUUUUCAACCAUUAUGAUGUUCUUACUCAGGCUGCCCAGCUUCUUGAUGCUGAUCAGUUGGGAUUGUCAAAGGAACUGUGUGAUGAUUUGGCAGUGGUUUUAAGUAGCCCCAGAUGGCAGGUCCUGUCAUGGAUGCUACCUUGGCGUGAACUCUCUGUUAUUUGCCAGGGAUAUUUGAAUGAUUCUGAUAGUGCGAAGAAUAUGACCAAAGAAUUAAAGUAUCUUAAUAUUGAUUAUAGUCAGUUUCGGAACAUGCCUUCUGCAGAAAUAAAUGAGUACACAGGUAUAGAAAAAGGAUAUGAACAUUUUAUGGAAUAUGAGUCAGAGAGUGAAUAUUCAGAUAUAGGUAAUCGUCCUGUACAUGGCAGAGCAGGCCAUUCAUCGACUGCAGACUCUGAUACAACUGACUUUGAAAAGAGUAGUAAGAGAGGGCGAAGGAGACCCAAGAAAAUAGUGAACAGGUUGUCUGAUUCUGACUCUGAUUACGAUCUGACUGAUAGGAUGAAGGACACUCGUUAUGUGUUAUCACUGUCGGAGUCAGAGGAGUCUGACUUUGACAAGGGAAAAACAAGAAUAUUGAAGAUGGAUCCAGACAUGGGUACUGUCAUUGAAGGCAAGAGAGUGACUGCUGUCAGUAAUCAAGACAGGAGCAAGAGGAUUCGUAUAGAUGCAGACACCGGAAAAGUGAAGAGAGACAGGAAUCUAUUAAAUACUCUACGUCUUUUUCGACAUCAGAAAUGUGGAGGUGAAAUGUCAGAGGAGGCAAAGUUUGAAGGAGCGCCAAGUUCUCCUAAUCGGUUUGCUCCUCGUUUAAGUUCACUCAACCUCAAUCCAAGUGUAGUGCUCACUGAACGUGAUAAGUCCAUAGUGGAUCAACAGCUGCAAAGGUCUGCAACAACAGUUGUAGCAGGCAGGAGUACAGGACCAAUGCAUACAACUCCAUCUAGUCAGCCAAAAGGCACCUGGAGAUAUGCAGGAUCUCUGGUGGCUCCUGCCAAUCCCACAACUACACCACGUUCAUCAGUGCCAGUCUCUCUUCCCCGCUCUACUUCUGUUCAGUGUUACCUUCGCACCAAAGAUGGUAAAGUACGAGUAGCCCCACUUCAGAGAGCCUUGCUUAGUAGUACUCGUCAGCCAAACCCAGGAGGAAAUGGCAAUUAUCUGAGAAUGAUGAACAAACCACCAUCAUCGGGUUAUGAAGAUUCAUAUGCCAAGUUCUUACUUCAACAGAAUCCAGCACUUAGGGGCAAGGGUUCGAGUGUAACUAUUACCAGAAAAAACAUGUCACUUGAUGCUAGUCUUGAUUAUCUCAAGAAACAAGGUACAACUGUUACCUAUAAGUCACAAAAAGGGAGUACGUUAUCUCUUGCAAAUGCUCAGAAAAAUGUUUUGAAUAGAAUAAUGUCUCCAGAAAAUGCCAUAUCUGCCAUGAGUGGACAAUUCAAUAAUGACAGCUUACCAGUGCGUGCAAUAGCUAUGCCGGUAAGCAAUAAUCCUCCAAAUCUUCCCCCUUCAGACAAAAAUAACCCAACAAACUUGAGUCGGGUCUUGCCUAAGGGUACAACAGUGGUAAGAAAACCCAAAUCUGAUGGUGCAGGACCAAGUGGGCUUAAUAAUGGUGGGCCUAGUAGUGCAGGACCACGUGCUGUAGUCACACGCCCUGGAACAUUCUCAACGGUCGUUCCCAGACCCUCGGUAACUGUAAUGGGUAGCACUAGUCGUGCUGGUAAUUCAGUGAUGGCAGUGCGAACUAAUGCAUCUGCCAUCCGCACAACAUAUUCACGUGGAGUAGUUGGAACAAGCACCAUGGGAUUACAAGAAACAACAAAUAGCAGUCCAGCACCAACUGUAAUAGCUAGUUCUCCUUCAGGAACAGUGACAACAGCCACAGGUGGGCCAGCAGUAACUACAUCUUCAAUGCCGGCCCCUUUAGUCUCAGCCACGGUGGUAGGGAGUGUCCCCAACUCCAGUACCAGCAGUCUUAGUUCCCCCUUGGGGACACUAGGUGGGAGUAAUGGCCAGCAGCAGCAACAGCUGCAGCAACCCUGGGAUACUGCUCUGAGUGAAUCCGCUUGUGUUAGUGAUGCACCAAUGACCAGCUUGGUUAGUGGUGUUGACAGCACAGCCACAGUCACUCAGAUCAUCUGCAGCACUCGGGGGGCCACCACCUGCACCACCACCGUGGCUAGUCCUCCGGGGGACGUACCUGCAGCUAGCAUGUUAGAAACAUUACUAAGGGACCGUCCUGUUCCACCCAGCCCUCUGCAUGCGCCAUCUACCACAGCCACCACCACCAUUACCUCAGCUCUACCCCACACUCUCACAUCAGUUGUGGGUAGUAGUGGGGUUCCUAUGACUCUGUCAGGUGAGGGACAAGUAACUACAGCAGUCAUGGGUGCAUUAGCCAAUACUGGUAAUAGUGGGAGUGUAGUUAUUGCCAGUGGAUCUGGUAGUAAUAGUGGUGUUAUUGUGGCUAGUGGUGUUGUUGGUGGAUCUACAAGCAGUGUAGUGGUGGUGGUUGUGGUGAGUGGUAGUGGUGUUGUAGGAGGAAGUAGCAGUGUUGGUGAAGGAAGUGGUGGAGCUGUGCAACAGGUGUUAGUUCCAGGUCAGCUUGUACAGGUGCACACAAGUGAUGGAUCAACAGGACUUGGAAUAGUGCAUUCAGCAUCUCUUGAUUUGAGACUCCCAGCAGGAACACGAGUGAUAAAAUCAAGCAGUGGCCCUAUAAGAACUACAACAAGUCCUCAGCAGCAAGUUACAGGAGUACUUAAUCAAACUGGAGGAAGACAAGUAAAUGUGUUGCACAAUGUAAAAAUAUUGCAGAAUGUUCAGAACAGACAGAUAGUCAGAACUGUAGUGGUGCCCCACACAGUGGCACUUCAGGGUUUGGGCACUCAUCCUGCAGCACAUAUUAAGCCACAACUGCUAGCUCUAAGCCAGGGAACAAACACAUCUACAGGUAGCGUAGAAGCUACUGUUGUGCAACCCCAAGGUGUACCUGUUAGAGCGAAGAUCCCUCCUUCCACAAUUGUUCAAAAAAUGUUGGGUCGCAGCAGUCUUGUCAUUCGUACCCUAAGACCACAGACUUCUACCACACAGCCUUCUGGAGAAAGUUCAUCAUUUGAAGAAGGGUUAGGAGCCAAAUUGCAGCAACAACAACAACAACAACAACAGGAAUCAGACAAAAAUGCUGGAAGUUCCACCACAGGCAUAACUGUUGCUCGUAUACCUCAAGAUGAAGGCCUUGGUGAGAGGUUGAGUCAUUACUUGAAAACAGCCCUAGUAAGUUCUACCAGUACUCAGAGUGUGGGCACACAGACAUUGACCACAGCAGUUAAACCAUCAGCUGGUCAGUUAGUGAAUCAAGUGGCUUUAAAUCACCUUAGAGGUGGUGCAGCAGCUGCUACUCUAUCAUUACCAGGUGGGGUCCAAGGCAUUAGUGGACAAACUAGUAGCAACAUCCCAACAAGUACAGCACCCCAGCAGCAGGCUAGUCUGUCUUCUCUGCCACUUACACCAACAAAUGCUGUCAGUUCAGAGACUUUAGAACAACUAAGAGAAUUUGAAUCUGUGUUUGAGAAAGUAUCCAAUAAGUCGGGCAAAGAUGCUAGUGAUGGUGAAGCAAGUACAGAGAACUACUCAAAUGCUACCAUGUCAUCUGAAGAAUCAAUGAUUGCAGCUCAGCUUUUGAGUAUGGCUAAUGACACUCCUGCUGUGACAACCUCCUCAAAUUAUGUAUAUUCAGUGCCCACCACUGUUUAUGGUGCUGGAGGAACUAGCCUAACAGAAGGAACAUACAUAACAAUCCCAAGUACCACACAGGCAGGAACCCUGAUAUUAGUUAAUCAUGGUGGUGGGGGAACAGGCCUUGUCACAGUGGCAGGCACAGGGGUUCAGGGUCAACAACCUCCUACUGCCCCAUCACCUACAUUGUCCUCUACUUCUUCUCACUCUUCUAUAGCAUCAUCACCAUCUUCUACUUCUAGCAAAAGUAAGAAGCAGCCUCCAAAACAAAAGGUAGUCCCUCCAGCCACCCCUCCAGUUGUGGCAAAGCCCAAGACACCACCUCCGCCAAAGACAUCCACACCAAAGCAGCCAACUGUAGCCAAGACACAGGUUGAAGAGAAUGAAGAAAUAAGAUCUCGCAUUCAUGCCAUUCUUGAGCGCUAUAAGCAAGAGCUUGUAAUAACACCACAGCAGCCAGCUCCUCGUAAUAGAAAAAAUUGCCCACCUCCAAAGAGUGAUGGGAAGUCUUCAAGUAAGAAGAAGAGUCAGGUGAAGAAAGUUGAAGGCACUUCAGUGAGUAGUCCAGCAGUGUCAGAAGGUUCUGUUGUUGGAUGUCCAUCUCCAAGCCCAUCACCAGGGCCAGCUAAUGAUAGCUCAGUUGGACUCCCAGGAAAUUCUUCAGGGGUUCCAACAGUUCAGUAUACUACACAGGUAGUGUCAGGUCAGGGUUUAACUACCCAAGGCCCAGCUACCACAGGGAGUUCUAUCAUCUCUGAAGACAAGAUAAAAGUGGAAAGUGGGCAAGAAGUAGUCGCAGCCACCACUCCUCAGUUGCUGCAAGGUGUUGUAGUAUCAAAUGUGAAAGUGGAAGGUGGGGCAACAAGCCUUACCCAAGGAUUAGGAGGUGGCAGGGUUGUACAACUUAUUCGUCAUCGUGGAAAAGUCACUGCCAUUACAACCCGUCAGCCUUUGAACAAAGUGAAAGGUACAGGACAGUCUGGUCCUCCCCCCAAUGUAACCAUUCAAGGACGCUUUCGAAUGGGACGGAAUGACCUGAUGGAAAGUCACAUUGCCACUUUAUUGACAGGUGGGUCCUCUCCAAUAACACAAAGUCCAACAGUUGUAAAUAAAAUAGUUCAGCAGCAACAGGCAGGUGGGCCGCAAGCAGUCCAACAAGUGGUAGUCCAGACAUCUGGAGGGCAGCAAGUUUUACAGCAGGUUGCUGUUCAACAGCUUACUUCAACCCCACCAAAACAAAAGUGCAGUGUUGUGCAGCAGCUUGGAGUAACCAAUAGUGAAGAAUUACUUGGAUUAACAUCAGCACGAUCGAUACAUGUAACUCUUCCAACCAUGCCCCCUUCUACCAUUGUAAGCACACCAGCAGCUACUACUGCAUCCCAAAUAACAAACUCUGGUUCAGUUACCAAUACCCCACCUAUCACAAUUGCCCACACAAUAACAAGUAAUCCUGUGAACAGCAAUACACAGACAGUUGCUGCAGUAUCCACACCAAGUGGUACAUCGGGUACAGGUCCAUCUCCAUUGUCAGUAGUUCCAGCAUCACCUCUGACUCCUCAGGCCAUCACUGUCACAUCCCCACCCACACCACAGCCUGUUGCAGCUUCACCUCACACACCAUCUCCUGCUGCUGAACUACCUCCCACCCCAUCAUCAUUUCAAAUGGGAGAGGAAAGCAAUAGCAGUGAACACAGUGGAGGAGACGGGUUAGGUGGACCAUUGCCUCCAUUUUUCACAUUAACCAAGUCAUUCAUGGUGCAGCACCAACCUCAACAAGGACAACAGCAAACACAACAGAAUCAGCAGAAAAAUUCUCAGCAAGAGCAGCAAAGGGUCCAAGAGAAGGAUUUCUCUCCAGGAAAUGCCUUGCACCAGUCCAAUUCCCAGGCACCCACCACUACACAAGCAUCUACAUCACCAACAACUGGUUCAGUACCUUUAAACAAACUUCCUCAGCGUGCACAGCUUCAGCAGUCACAGCUGCCUCGGAAAUCUACGUCUGUAAUCCGAUCUGGAGGUACUGGAGCAAGAACAAUGGUGGUGGUGAGUGGUGUUAGCAGUGAUAGGUCAGGUGCACGAGGUGCAGUGACAUCUCCACUAAUAGUCAGCGGUGGUGGGGGAGACAGUGGAUCAGCCAUGUCACCCAUGUCUGGUCCCUCCAGCUUGGAGACAUCCCCUGCAACUACACACUCACGGAUACGUCUAGCAUCUCGACCACAAGACAUGAGAAGCAGUUCAAUUGACUCCUUGAAAAGUGAUCUCAGUGUGGAGGAGGUACAGAUUCCUCCUAGUCCAGCAACACUUACUAAGCAGCUACAGAGUGCUUACAUGACAGAGGCAGCUCUCUCUCCUUCUGUCUCUCAAUCCCAACACUCGGGUUCUUCUUACUCCUCUCCAGGCAACACUCACGACUUGCCAUUCACUGAAGCCCAGCCCACCUCCGAUGAUAGCUUUCAUCCCACUCUGACCCAGCCUGGAUAUUCGUCAGCUCCUUCUGCUCCCAAUCUGUCUGUAACGGGAGUGUCUUUGGAGAGUGACGCAGGUCUAGGGGCGCUAGCAUCUCCAUCUGGUGAUGUUUAUCUGCAUCAGUCGGGAGCUGGAUUAGGAUUAGAAGGGUUAGAAGCGGGAUCAUUGCCGCUUGUAGCUGGUAUGGAGGGUCGGACUAAUUCACCGGCUCUUAGUGAUUUAGUGUCUGCAGGUCCGCUACUUGCGUGGUCUCCAAGAUCAGCAGAUUCAAUGAUGGCACAGUCUCCCUCUCUCAAUGAUGCUCUGACUGCUAACAUUCCCCUUGAUGUAAAUCAUAGUGAAGAUUCUCUGUGUGAUUCGUCUACUGGUUUCCCUGGACUAUUUUCUAUGGAAGGAGAUGGUGUUAGUGUUUCGUCUAGUACAAGUGAAGACAUGUCAAGUGCUACCCCAGCUAGUGGUGUGAAUACACAACAGCAGCCACAGAUUCAGUUACAGCAACAGACACCACAUCAGCAAGUUUUGCAAGAGCAGGAUGAAGUAACAAUAGAUCUUCAUCCAAGGGAAAGUGAGCAGGAUCACACCAUUAGCUCAACUAGGUCACCAACUCAACUAGAACUACCCGUAGCUAAUAUGACUGGUGUAUCAGCUCAUACCAGUCAGGCUAGUGGUGGAGAUCCAGCUAAUCAAGACACACAGGAGGCCCCUUGGAGGUUUGACAACACAGUUGGAGCACAGAACAAACCAGCCACAAAUCAGCCUUCAGUGCCUACAAAUGGGCAGCACAAGGUCGUGAAAAAAGAAAAGUCCGAAGAUGAUGCUGGCCCUUCAGAGUUUCACCAAGAGAGAAUAAAACAAACCCAGCAAAUUUCCCAUUCCAAAGCUCGGGAGAAAAAGGGGAAACAGCCACAGGUGAAGGAGGAAAUAGAUGACAUUAAGAUCGUUGCAGAGGUUGCUAUGAUUAAAAAGGAAAAGAAGUCUGGGUCACAGAGUAAGUCAGAUGGAACUAUGGAUCUAGUCAGUAAGAAUUCUACUCACCAGGAAGGAAAUAAUAGGAAGAGGAGUCAGAGAUUAGCUACAACUCCAGAAAGGAGAAAGAGCAGUUUUCAAAAUGAAGUUGAUGGAAGGAGUGAUGAAGUUCCAACAAAGAAUGGACAUGAUGAAGACUCUAGUGCUGUGGACAUAAAGUCAGAAGAUAGCAGCACAGGAAGAAGCAAACGAAGAAUAUCUCAAAGAAAUGCAGCUGCAUCUCCCAACUCAGUGGUACAAAAUCCAGCUUGUAGGAGCCGUGUGAAAUCAAUGAAGUCUGAAGGUGAACUGAAGGAAGAUGAUGAUUUGACUGGAACAAAUGUAGAGUGCAAAUCAGAGUUUAGAGAAGGUUGUGAUGAAGCUUUGAUGAGGACAACAAGAGGUGCAAAAAGAAGAAGUGAAGGAGAUAUUCUUAGUGAUUUGAAGCGAGGGCGUGGUACACGCUCUGGGCGGCGCAGUGACGGAGAUGUUCUCAAAAUAGAAGAUGAUAUGUUGAACCAUUUGGAUGAAGAUUGUGGCUUAGCACGGGGAGUUAGAGGGCGACAUGUCAGUGGUACUUCAGAUACAAGUAGUAAUUACAGUACUGAGCGCGCUGUUACUCCAGGGUCACAUGAUUCACCAAACACAGGUAGUGGAAGAAGACGGAGACGUCUGAGCCAGGAGAGCAGUGCUAGCAGUCGUGAUGGGAGCCCUCCCACUGUACACUCCCAUGACUUUUCUCCAGGUGGAGUGAACACCAGACGCUCCUCAUCCCGUGACCAUGCUAAAAAGAAAAAAUGCUCUUGUUGUGUUGGGGGGGAACAGAAAAAAGUAGGCUCUGGGAGUGGAAGACGUUCAUCUACCAGAGCCACCAGAGGUUCAAGCAGUGGCAAUGUGCAGUAAGAACAGGAAACUCGUAUUAUUACUAAUGAUCUGUGGUGAUUGACAGAAAUUGUUAGAAAUUGUAAAAAAGAUAAGUACGAUUUGCAAUCACAAACAUUUACAUAGUGACAUUUCUCUGAUGGACGUAACCCAUGACUAGCAAUAGCACUGCAGUAGAAGGCACCUGCUAUAAUUCUGAAAGUGGCACUGUUUGGUACAGCAUAUGUCACUCCUAGUGGCUCUCCAGUCCAAGAGGAGACCUCAGCAUAAAGGUGGCUGUCACUCGCCACAGUUGAGGUUGCCACUGCGCCAUGCGGCUGAUGGUGUUUCUUGACAGUCUUCACCUCUUUCCACAUUGUAAGCAUUAAGUGUUAUAGUUUUAAUGUUCGUUUUAAUAUUUCAAAAUAUUUUUAUACUCUGGAAGACUAGCUCACGUAUAUGAGCUGUUACAGCACAAUUUUUUUUCUCUUUAUUUAUUUAUUCUUUUUUUUUUUUUUUUUUUUUUUUUUUUUUUUUUGUUUUGUUUCAUGGGAUGUUAGUGCCAUACAUUUCCAUUUCAAAUUGAUUGGACUGCAUACCACUGGAAACUUUAUCUUAGUGGUCAUCGAUGGCUUGGCCUAAAAAGAGUAAACUAGAGACAAAAAAAAUGUAUAUUAGGUCAAGACAACAUGGUCACAAUGAUCAUUUGUACCUGAAUGCUUUUAAAAUGGUGUUAGCCCGUCUGUUUAGGCAACCCCAAAUGCGGUGCGGUCAUACCUUCCCCCCACCAUGGAGUGUAGUUUCAUCCUACCCUCUUUCCUGUGUAGUGUAUAGAGCUGAGUGACUCAUCAGUUUUAGCACUCCAUUGUAUGGGUCACACCCAUUGAUACGCUUUUGGUGGACAUAGUCUAUUUCUUGAAGCUUGUCCUGCGCAAACGUGUAAAUAUUUUGUCGUUAGUGAAUUUGCAUUUCCCUUUUCUUUCAUCAUUUUGGAGUCCCUUGUUAGAAGUUGUAAAGAAAUGUUUGUAAAGAUAGACAAAUGGUGUUUUUAAAACUUCUACCUUACAUAGGUUAGUAUAAAUUCACCUAUAGAUCAAAGAAGUCAAAGUUAAAGUUAUUCAGUGAUUCCUCACAGUGAUUGCCAUUAAUUGAAAUUAUAAUUUAUCAUUUUAAGGAUAGAGGAACCAGAGCGCUGUCCAGUAAAAUACUCCUGUAUAAUGAUUAAUUAUUGUUUCUACAUGAGGGAAAAAAUGUGUCAUGUUUUUAAGAAAGCUCUCCAUUAAAUCUCCAAUAUUCUCGUAAUGCUGAUACAUUCCCGACCCAAAGAAUCAUUUCUUUUAUUUAUUUAUGAUCUUGAUUUUUUUAUUUAUUAUUUUUUGUAGGCAAUCCACAUGUCGAUUCUUUAAGUACUGUGGAUCCAUUAGAUGUGUUCAUCAUAGGUGUGGGUCUGUCAGCUUAUAAAAGACUUGAAAUAUGAGUACCACUAUGCUACACAUAAACUAAGGUUGUGCAUUUGGAUUGUUGUAUGUUAAGUAAAAUCAUAUUUGAUUUAACUUUUCUUUUUUUUUUCUUUUUUUUUUCUUUUUGUUUUAAGACUGGUGCUUCAUGAAAAUGCCAGUGAUAAACCAAGAAUGGUGCAGACCAUAAACUACAAUGGCCAGUAUCAUGCUAGGGAUAUGUAUGUGCAUCAGUGUUGUGUACUUGGAAAAUGCAUGCCAGCUGUAAUGAAGUUAAAUGACCCCCCAAAAAAAACAUAAAAAAUAAAAACACAAAAAAAUAACAAAAAAUAAAAAUAAAAAAAUGCAAAAAACAAAAUAAACAGAAACAGAAAAAAAUACUUCUCUGAUGCAGUGACAUCUCACAACUAUGUUCAGACACUUCAGCUGCAUAAAGACUUCUUGUAGCAUAGGCCAUUUGGGUUCAAAGUGCCCAAGGUUAAAAGAUGAAGAAGGCAGACCCACUCCUUCUAUACUUACAAGUAGCUUAUCUCACUGUAGUAUGUUUGUAUUCCCAGUCAUGGGAAGAAUUGCUUGGCCAUCAUUCUCUUGGAUAAUGAUGGAAUUUUAAUUGUUCUUGCUCUAUAAGGAAUGUAGAAAUGGUUAUGCAAAUUGUAUUUUAUGGUUAAAAUGAGCAAUUGGUCCUUUACAAUCAUCCAUACUGAAGAAUACAUUCACUUAAUAUUUGUUAAGUUUGCGUAACAGGUGUAAAGAUGUAUCAGUCACUGAGAAACUUAAUCUAAAUGGUACAUUUGAAAUAUAUAUUUUAUUAAUAAAUAAAUUUUUUUAACACAAUUUGAGUUAACAACUGGGAGGCAUGUAAAUACAUUGUCAGAAUCCAGUAUUUUGUAUGUGUUCCUAUUGAAAAUUUUGAUAGUGUACAAUCAUUAUGUUUCUAGUUGACUGCAAUAGACAAAGAGCUAAACAGUCAAGCAAACUCCAUGUCCAUACCAUACAAGUAGUAUUUUAUUUAUAUGUAUAUAAAGUGUGAAGUUCCUUAUUUCCUCCCUAAUCUGUGUACUUAUUGUAAUCCCCCCCACAAUUUUUAUAUUUUUUCUCAAACUUUAUUUUCCUUUUGUGAAGUGGCUAUUAGUAUUAAUUUGCUCCUUGUAUGUAUUUACUUUUAUUGACUUCCUAAAUUAACUAAAGCUUCCUGUGAACAUGUGGAGAUUUUUGUUUAUAUAAUUUUAAAAAUUAUUUAUAUUGUACAUAGCUUGCUAUAUCUCCUCUUGUACACUGUUCUCCUACCCCAUCUAGGAGGAGGCUGAUCAAUGCGUCCUCCAUUUCCUAGUUAAAUGUAAGUUUUUUCUUAAUAAAAAUGUUAAUACCACUCUGUUUGUAAAUGGUAUUGUGUACAAAAUGUUCAUUCUUUUUGUAUUUGUGUAAUGUAUGUACAAAACGCAUAAAUCCUUUCAUUUUUGCAGUA